AUGCUGGAUGAAGCUUGUCAUGAUUCUCCAUUUGAUGAGGACAUAGUUGCAAUAGAUGGAGAAGGAGAUCCUAUACUUAUAGAUGCAAAGGCAGCCCUAGCAAGAGGUGCAAGUAUCAAACCGGCAAUAGAAAUGGCAUUUAUUGACAAAGAUGAAGCUUAUGAUUAUUAUAAUAAGUAUGCAAAAUUGGUAGGGUUUGGUAUAAGAAAGGAAAGGACCAUAUGGAGACAUGGUGGAAGAAUUAGUCGGAUUUUAGAAUGUUGUAGGCAAGGUUUUCGUAGUGAGAUGUAUGAUGGAAGUGAAAUUGCUCACCCCAACUCAAAAUGUGGAUGUCAGGCAAAGACCUGCAUUAAGAAGGAUGACAAAAAUAGAUGGGUUAUUGCGAAGGUUGUAAAAGAACAUAAUCAUAUUCUCACAACGUCCAACAAGACUAGAUUCAUUCACUCUCAUCGAAAGAUACUAAACACAUUGAAAAAGAUGAUUGACACAUUGUAG